AAGAGGGGCGAUGUGGACUCAAAUGAAAAGGCGCGAGGAGCGCAGCGACGUUGAGCGGCUAUGGCGGCCUCGGAGGCUCCGGAGCUUCUUGCUCGGGUGAAGGAUGCACUCGCCUUUGAGAGCCAAGCCCAAUAUGGGGUGGAGGCUGACCUACCAUCUCAGGUUUUGGCUGAGCAUGCCGUGAGCACCAGGCACGCCCACAAGUUUAUGUUGAUGCAGCUGCAAGUGUUGAAGUUCUGUCUGGAUUUCCUUGAUUCUGGACUUUGUGUUGAGAAUGCCUCCAAAUCUUCUGUUCGACAGGAGGUGGCCGAAGCGAAGCUGGAGUGGAAGAAGCUCAAAGCUGAGUACCAACAACAAGUGGAGAGCAUCAAGAAGGAUGUGCCACAAUUGCUGCUCAAGCUGGAGCAGGCGCAGAACCGAGCUCAGCUCUUGGAAGAAGCUCUGCAGCGCUACCGAGACAAGAAACUGGAGAUGGAGGAGAAGGCGAGGAGCGCUCAGAGCAGGCGGCAGAAGGAGCAGGAUGUCUUGUGUGAGCAGCAGCGGCGGCUGGAUGAGCGCAUGGCGGAGCUGCAAAGCAGUCUGCAGGUGCAGCGCGAGGAGCUGCAGCACCUGCAGAGGGAGCUAGAGGAAGAAGAGCGCCAGGCCUGUGCUUGGCAGGAAGAGGUCCAGAGGAUCUCUGAGCUCCGGUCCCUUUUGGAGACUUUGCAAGGGGUCAGAUUGCUUUCUGAAUCAAAGAGUGACCUGGAGUUUGAGCUGAUCUCCCCGGCCCAGCCGGGGGCUGCCACUCCCCACACCCUGAAGCUGCGCUUGCACUGGAGGGAUGAUGGCAGUGUCAUGCUGCAGAGUGACAGCCCUUUCUUCCCUCCCUCUUUGGUGCUUCCCGAAGGCACUUGUGGCAACAUCAGAGGCAUCGUCCUGGAGUUGCAGAAUAGCUACUUCCAGGAAGCACAACUUCUGGCUGAGAUUGAGUUGCUGCACAGCUGUUUUGCUGUUGAUUGGCAGCAAGAGAAAAGGAUUCUGAGUUACCUGAAGCCCAGCUCCACUUGUAACCUCUAUGUGGAGCCAGGAUACCCAGCCAGUGGUGGCAUCUCCCUCUGCUCAGUGAAGAGUCAACGUGGCACAGUUGACGCAACUUCCUAUAAGCCCCCUCAGGAGAGACCUUCGCUGCGGGACUGGCUGGAAUAUCUCAGUGCCAUGGACUUCAACGCUCCUUUCCUUGCCUGA